UCAAAAACAGAUGCAACCGCUCCUCCCAAUUUCUCGUCCCUGUCACCGAAUCCCACUUCCACUUACCUCACCGCUCUGCUCUGCUUCUUCCUCUUCAAAAUCAAGCAACCGUUUUUUCGCGUUUUUCAGAUCACCAAACGCCCCUCCUCCCCAAUUCCCUUUCCACAUUCUCUCAGCUAAUUGCCACCAAUAUUCUCUCCUACCAAAAUUUCACUCUUCUUGUUCAUUCGACUCUAUUUUAACAUUUGAAUCUGUCCAUCCCUCAACAUCUGCUUUACAUUAUUCACUUUCCAAUUGGUUACUGAUCGUUGGCUUAAAUUUGAAGUUAACCCCUCUGAUUUGUUGAUUCCUUAGGAUACUUCAUUAUGGAGUAGCUAAAAUCUGAUCAGGAACUCUUCUAAAUGCGUGCAGAUUGGGCAAUUCUUAAUUCAUCACUGUUGCAGGUAAUAAAGAACUUUGAUCAUGGAGCAACUGGAAGUUCAAAACCCUGUAGUUAAGAAGCAGCUAUUGGAUGUUCAGCCUCGAGAACUCAAGUUUAUACUUGAGGUUAAGAAACAAAGUUCGUGUGCUGUUCACCUUGCCAAUCUUUCUGAUCAUUAUGUUGCUUUCAAGGUAAAGACUACUUCGCCCAAGAAAUAUUGUGUGCGACCUAAUAUAGGGGUUAUCAAGCCAAAAUCAACAUAUGAUUUCACAGUCACAAUGCAAGCACAGAAGUCAGCUCCCUCAGACAUGCAAUGCAAGGACAAGUUUUUAGUUCAGAGCACAGUUGCUCCAUUUGGCACAACUGAAGAGGAUAUUACACCUGACUUGUUUGCAAAAGAUAGUGGAAAAUAUGUUGAAGAGUGCAAGCUGAAGGUUUCGCUGACUAGCCCCACACAAUCCCCUGUUCUGUCACCCGUUAAUGGAGCUUCCAAGCUAGAACAAUCUCCUGCAAGUGAAAUAUCAGAAGAAAAACUGCUGACUCGGGUUGAAAAUCUUCCCCCGCUUCAAAUGCUGGAUGAGAAAUUUGAGAGUGAAAAACUUGUAAUGGAUGCAGAGGUACUGACUUCAGCAAAAGUUGAGGAAAAUGUCCUACUGCCUACUAAAACGGGGAAGCUUAUUUGUGAUAGGGAUGUGGAAUAUAGACCUUUGGACGUUGUUGAUGGAACAAAACUGAAAUUUUCCAGAGAUGUUGAGGAAUUGAAAUCAAAGCUAAUCACAUUAGAUUCAGAGCUGAUUCAGGUUAAAUCUAACAUUACAAAGCUGACAGAAGAAAAGAGCUGUGCUGUUCAAGAGAAGCAAACAUUAAAGCGAGAAUUGGCAACUUUGAGGAGGAAGACUAGUGUGAGGACGGUUGAACGGGGAUUUCCUCCUCUCUUUGUUUGCAUGGUUGCAUUAAUUAGUCUGACUGUUGGAUACUUAUUACAUGGUUAAAAAGAAGGUUAUUUUCAGGAUUAGUGAUGCCAUGGUUUAAAGAAAGGAUAUAUCAUAGGUUUAGGUUUUCAGGAUUCUGUUAACUAGCCCUUAGCCUUGUUUACUUUGGCAUCUUUGUAUAACUCUGCAGAGUUUUAUGAAAUGAAAGAAACUUGGCACUUUUACUUGUCGCAAUAAUUGUAAAGAAAGGCUAUCUUUUUAAUAAAAUAUGUGUUUGCCCGCA